AAUGACAUUGAAGACCUCCCGCCCCCAACGAUGACGCCACUGUCUCCCUCCCCCCCCCCGCCCUUUUUCUGACGUCUCUGGCGGUCGCGAGCGGCGGCGGUUGGCGUUUGAAACAGCGGAAGUGGCUCGACCACUACCUCUAACCCUCCCCCCAACUCCUCCAUCUUAACACCCUCACAUACUCCUUCCUCACCUCCCUCCUCAAGGAUGGAGACAGAGGAGGAGGCUGCCCCUCACUUGCCCACUGAGGAGCCUUGGAGCGUCAGCUGCAGCGACGAGGAAGUGGAAAACACAGACCCGUGGACCCCGAGCCCCCAGGAGAUCCUGCGUCUGUACCAAGCCCUGUCGCAGCAGGGUAGCCUGGAGCUCAGCUCCCGGCCACUGCCCCGCCGCCCCCCAACCCCCGAGGCCGGACCAACCCAGGAAGAGGAGCCCGAGGAGCCCUUGGCCAUCGAAGAGGAGGAUGAGAAGCCCCCUGCACCUACUGAGUUUGACUUUGAUGAUGAACCUGCACCAGCCAAAUCCUUCCUGGGCAUGCGGAGAUCUCCAGGGAGCUCAAGCCGCACCCAGCGACGCGAAGCACGGCUGGACAAGGUUCUGUCUGAUAUGAAGAGGCACAAACGGAUCGAGGAGCAAAUGCUGAGGACGGGCAGAGACGUAUUUCAGCUGGAGACUGAGCAGGAGGCGGCUCCCACCCGCUCCCGCGGUAUCUUCCAAUGCCGUAACUACUGAUAUCACCAAGGACCAUGAGAAACGAAGGAGAGAAGGGUAUCCAGGGAAGGCAUCUCAGACUGAGCAGAAGGAAGACAGCGGAAUACUCGAGGCUCUGAUUCCUGCCACUCUAAACAACCCCAGUUUCUCUGACCUCGCCGAGUAGCUCCAGGCAGCAUCCUGGUGGAGUGGACCUCUUCUACUCCCUCCAUUACACCCUUCUUGUCAUGGAGUGACCAGAACAAUACUCCAGACGUAGCAUAACCAGGGCGUCGAACACUGCAAUGUCACUUCCCAACUCCUGAACACAAUGCCUCAAUACUAAAGGCAAACACGCUAGAGGGCUUCUUCCUGUGCAGACACCAUCAGGGAUGGGAAGCUGUGGACUUGGACCCCAAGAUCCCUCAGAGUAAGGUUUCUUAUAUGAUGUGAAAUGAGUUGUUUUGUGGCAGAAGUACUGUGCAAAUACAAAACUUAUAUCAAU